AUGAGCGACACUGAAGGCAACCGAGAGGAAAUCGACCUCCUCGUCGAGGCCUUCGUACGGGGCGAGGCUCUUCAGCAUCAUGAUUUCAAGGACGCUAUUAUCGACUCUCUCAUCCAUGCAGUCGACACGCCUGACGAGCAAGACACGCGAUGGUAUCCGGAGUCUGCCACUAUCGAUAGGGCAUACAGAGGCACUCCGGAGAGUUCGCCUCUUCAAAAGCUGCUAGUCGACAUGCAUUUCUUCCACGGACGUGCAGAGUGGUUGGAUGGAGCGACCAACACCGAUUUCUUUAGAGACCUCGCCAAAGAACUUCUGCAAGAUCGCGGAGACUUCGUAACUAGGGCUGAUCGGACUCGAUCACAGCUGGCUGGUUGCUCAUAUCAUAGCCACGGGACCGAGAACGCGUAUUACAGCGUUGUUUCGUAG